AAGCUUUCAUCUGCCAUCCCUACCUUCCCCUGCUUUACAUUGGUGUUGUUAUUGAGUGGAGAGGAACACACGGAGCGGUCAGCAAGAGCAGUCAGUCACUCACCGAAGCUGCCGAUUUAAAAACCAGCUGCAUAUUAAAUUUAGGCUGAGAGGAGGGUGAUAAACCUCCUCCUUUGAUUUCCAGUUCACAAAACAGAAGGUGAUUCCAGUGUGACAGAAAGGCAGAGAAGUCGAGCUCUUAUCUUUCCGCAGUAAUCAUGCUGCUUCUGGAUGAAUCCGAGUCUUUUUCAGACCAGUCCCACAGCGCCCCCUUCAGGUCGGAGAAUGAGGCUCAGGGUGGCGAUCCGGCUGUGUGGCAGUGCACCCCUCCCCCAUCUACCUCGCCUUCGGCGGAGACGCCGCACCACCCACCCACCUCGCAGUCCUUGUCCAGACCCCACUCUAGGCCGGCAAGCCAAAGCCACACCCCUCCCUCCGCCCUGACGGGAACCAAGAAGAGGAGCUCCAAGCCGGCCCACAUGAGACGAAACAUCAGGAAAUUGUUGAGGGAACAUCAGUUAGAUGCAGUGACCAAAGUCGCCCAGCAGGAGGAGCUAGAGCGAAGGCAACGUCUGGAAGAUCAAAGGAAGCAGGAUUUUCCCGUACCGCUACUGCCUGAAUACACAACCGUUUCUGACUUACAUGUUGCAUUCUUCAUGUCCCCGUCCUCAGGCGAUGUUACUCAGCAUGUGACCUCAUCGUCUGCAUCAGUGUCAUUCCAGCAAAAAGUAAAGUCCACCAGACAGGAUGGGAUGUGCCUGGACUCCAGCAGCACCAGUAUCAGCACAGAUAAAUGCAAGACUGACACACUCACCUCUGCAGCAACAGCGCAAACACAAAAAACAGAAAUAAUAGAUUUGAGGACAGAUGACCAUGACACUGUUGCUCAAGUCUCCAAAGAGGAAGAGGAGAGUGAGCCUAGUGGUGCACAUGCCAACGAUACCCAGAACCAACCAGACGCCCAAGGCAGGGUGCUCGUCAACCUCAACCAUCCAGAGGCAGAUGAGGACAUUUUCCUGUCACCACAGCUGGCGCAAGCAGUCAAACCUCACCAGAUCGGUGGAAUCCGUUUCCUGUACGACAACUUGGUGGAGUCCCUGGAGCUCUUCAGCAACAGCAGCGGCUUCGGCUGCAUCCUGGCUCACAGCAUGGGCUUAGGCAAAACGCUUCAGGUCAUCUCCUUCAUCGACGUCUUGUUCAGGCACACUCAAACUCACACUGUGCUCGCCAUCGUACCGGUGAAUACACUGCAGAACUGGCUGUCAGAGUUCAACACAUGGGUCCCUCCUCCUGAAGCAUUACCUCCAGACACUGAUCCUGCAUUGGUUGCACCGCGUGCAUUUAAAGUUCACAUCCUCAACGAUGAACACAAAAACACAGCAUCUAGGGCCAAGGUGGUGGAGGACUGGUCUCGGGAUGGUGGUGUCCUGCUGAUGGGUUACGAAAUGUACCGUCUCCUGUCUUUGAAGAAGAGCUUUGUGGCUGGGCGGAAGAAGAGGAGCAAAAAGACCGGAGCACCUGAUAUCAUAAACCUGGAUGAAGAAGACAGACAGCAGCAACUUCUAAAAGGUGUUGAGAAAGCUCUUUCCCGACCCGGUCCAGAUGUGGUGAUCUGUGAUGAAGGACAUCGCAUUAAGAACUGCCACGCCAGCACGUCUCAGGCCCUAAAGAACAUACGAACCCGGCGGCGUGUAGUAUUGACCGGCUACCCGCUCCAGAACAAUCUCAUCGAGUACUGGUGCAUGGUCGACUUUGUCCGUCCCGACUUUCUAGGAACAAGACAGGAGUUCAGUAACAUGUUUGAGCGACCCAUCCUUAAUGGACAGUGUGUGGACAGCACGCCCCAGGAUGUCCAGCUGAUGAGGUACAGGAGCCACGUCCUCCACAGCCUGCUGGAAGGCUUUGUGCAGAGACGAGGCCAUGAUGUCUUGAGGGAUCAACUUCCCUCUAAGGACGAGCAUGUGAUCCUGGUGCGUCUGUCUCCCCUGCAGAGGGCACUCUACACUGAGUUCAUGAACCGCUUCAGAGAGGCAGGGAACACCGGCUGGCUCAGCCUCAACCCCCUGAAAGCCUUUUGUGUCUGCUGCAAGAUUUGGAAUCAUCCAGACGUGCUGUACGAAGCUUUGCAGAAAGAAAACCUGGCAAGUGAGCAGGAUUUGGACCUUGACGACAUCACAUCCACUUCACAGGGCAGAUGUCCGACGGCAGCACCGGCUCCAAAGUCAAAGAGUUUGGACAACCCAGAUCCAAUCUGUGGACUGAGUCUGAACCAGCUGCAGGAAAAAGCCAAUCAGGUCAUCACAUAUGAGUGGGCGAAAGAACUGAUGUGUGACUACAAGCCUGGCAUCCUGGAGAACUCGGCAAAGAUGGUGCUUCUGUUCCACCUGAUAGAGGAAAGUGUCAGGAAGGGAGACAAAAUCCUUGUGUUCAGUCAAAGUUUGUCCACACUUACUGUGAUCGAGGAUUUCUUGGCCAAGAGACCAGUGCCUCCUUCACCAUAUCCAACCGACAAAGACCGACCCAACCAGAACUGGGUCCGCAAUCUCAACUACUACAGACUGGAUGGAAGCACAACAGCUUCAGAGAGAGAAAGGCUGAUAAAUCAGUUCAAUGAUCCGACCAAUACCUCAGCCUGGGUUUUCCUACUUUCAACCAGGGCUGGUUGUCUGGGUGUGAACCUGAUUGGAGCGAACCGAGUGGUAGUGUUUGACGCCUCCUGGAACCCCUGCCAUGAUGCCCAGGCUGUGUGUCGUGUGUACCGCUACGGACAGAGAAAACCGUGUAACAUCUACCGCCUGGUGUGCGACUUCACUCUGGAGAAAAAAAUUUAUGAUCGUCAAAUCUCCAAGCAGGGAAUGUCUGACCGUGUUGUGGACGACCUGAACCCUGUGCUGAAUUUCACCAGGAGGGAAGUCGAGUCCCUUCUUCACUUUGUGGAGGAGGAACCGGAUCCAUCCCAGGUCCGGCUGCUGCCUGGAGAAAUCAGGGAGAGCGUUCUGCAGAGAGCUUUGCAUCUCUACUCCCACCUAAUCACCAAGCAACCCUUCCCCCAUGAGUCCCUCCUGAUAGACCGCAGGGAGCUAAAACUGAGCAGCGCUGAGAAGAAAGCCGCCAAGAAGGGCUAUGAGGAGGAGAAGAGGGCGUCUGUGCCGUACACACGCCCGUCCUACGCUCACUAUUACCCUGCCAGUGAUCAGAGCCUCACCAACAUCCCUGCUUUCAGCCAGAGGAACUGGCGCCCUCCCACUCGCACAGAGGAGAAACCAGUGGCAAGCGUCCGGCCAGUUCAGUCUGCAUCAGCUCCCAUGAUGCCCCGCCAUGUGGCUGCGGGUUCAGCCCCAGACCGCGGCUCCUCUUCAUCCAGCCUUGGAGGCUUCCCUGUCAACUGCCUGCAAAAAGCUGGGGUGUUUGUGCAAAAGAUCGUCACCACUACUGACAUAGUGAUUCCAGGCACCAACAACUCAACAGACGUUCAGGCGAGGAUUAACUCCGGAGAAAGCAUUCAUGUUAUCAGGGGCACAAAAGGGACAUAUAUCAGGACAUCUGAUGGCCGAAUCUUUGCCAUUAGAGCAGCUAACAAGGCUAAGACUGUGGAUGAGAGUGUCGCAGCUCCUCCCAAAGACUUGAAGGCUCCAACUCAGGAAGUUUCCUCCGGUGGCAGCAAUGGUUGCAUAUCCCCUGACAGGAAACCGAAGGUACCCUCCAAAGCUGUGCCCCGCCCUCUUUCCCCCGACAGCCCAGAGAUCAUCAGCGAGCUGCAGCGCUACGCGGCCGGCUCGGGGUCUGACGCCACAGACGGAGAAGCUGAGAGCGGCACGAACGCCCUGCCUUCUAACAAGCUGCUGCAGAAAAAUUGUGGCAGCACUUACUCUGGGGAAGCCUCGAGCCACCAUGAUGCCUCAGUUACUAAUGUAACCCAGCCGAACAAGGACACCUGCAUUCCCCAGGAUUUGAGAAUAGGCAGCAAGCGUAAAGCCCCAAGCCCAUUGAUAGAGGAGCGAGCCGGCAAGCAGCCGUACGCAGGAAAACACUCCUCAUCUUCGCCAGGGUUCCCAUUCUCUGGGGGCUACGGCCUUCCCCCGAUGGGUCUCAACUCGGCCAUGUUGGGCGGUUCAGUGGGGCAUCCCCUCUUCAUGGGGUCGAGCUCACACUACUUCCAGCCACCCAACAGCCAGCUGGGCGACCCCACUUACAUGUACCGAGACAUGUUUGGCUUGAGUGGAGUCAGCGCCGCCCCUUCUUCCUCAUCUCAGUCUUCGUCGACCACAGUCACGACUUCUGCCUCGUCAUGUCCCUCUACGUCAGUCAGCACCGCCGGUUCUCUGACGGGAGCCCUCCCGCCGUACAUGUUGGGCCCCAGCAUGGCUGGGAUGCUCCCGCCAGGCUUCCCUCUGUCAUACAGUCCAUCUCUAGCCGGCCUGUACUCUGGGCCGAUGCUGCCAGGUCCAGCUGCCACCCCAGGUCCAGCCGGAGCCAGUUUCCUGUCUCAGUACCCCCAAACUGCAGCCUCUGGCUCCUCCUCCUCCUCCCCUUCCUCGUUUUCCCCUUCAGCGCGCUCAGAAAGCCACCGCGUCCCGGUUCUGGUGAACGGCGGGGAGGUCAGUGGCGGCAGCAGCUCUGAUGAUGAUGAUGACGUCAUCGAGAUGAUGGGACAGUAAGACAACUUUCAGUUCGACGUGUUAGUCAGAAUACAGUGUCCUCUGAGGGAGGAUGGACAAAGAAUUAAGGAAGGUUAAGGUCUAAGAUCUUCAUUUUGGUCACCUGUAUUGCCUUGGAGGAACAACCUGAAGGGUGACUGAAUAGACUGGACACUGAGUGACAAAUGUUGAUGCUGAAUAUCAAAAUGUGAAGCAUUUAAAAAUAUCCAGAGGGGAUGAAAGGGGAGGGUUUUAACUUCUAUGGACUUUGAGCUUCCAGAUUUGUUUGUCCAAUCCUGGUAUUAAAAAGCUCAUCACUGGACUGAGAACUGCUGAGUGUGAGCCUGUAGUGACUACAAACGGCCAUUAGUUGAACUGUCAACGUUAGAGAUUCUGCAGUAGUUCUGCAGCUUUGCAAAACGUGAAGACUCUUUGCUCACAGCUAAUCAAAAUGGCAGCCAGAAGCUGGAGUUUCUCUUUAUGUGAUGGUUGAGGUUUUCUUUAAGUGAGGUUCUGUUAAAUAGUUCUAACUUUUUUUGGUAUAUUUAAAAUAAAUGCAGAUCAAUGGAAUCCAAAGCCCGACGCUAACAGCCAGUCUGUUAAGAGCCUUAGAACAACUCUGCUCUAUCACAGCAGUCCAUGUGAAGGCUCUUUGAUGAGUGUAAACCAUCUUUGCGUUUGCUUUUGGCUGGAAUUUACACAGACGCUGAUGAUUACAUUAACAGGAAAUUGAGGUUGGAGGCUGUGCGCCACCAGUGAUCUUCCCAUGUGAAACGCACACUGAGAAUGGAACAUGUAAAGUGUCUGCAGUUAGAGUCACAUUUUGAUAUUAAAAUUAAGGUUUUUAAGAAGAAAAAAUGUAAUUGGAGUUUAAGUGGACAUUAUUUUAUACGUUUUUGCACUGCCUUGCCAUGCUUAUUAGGCAGUCCAGAAACGUGUGCUUUUUCCUCUGUUGCAACUCUGCCUCCUGUGCCAACUCCCUGUGUAAAUAAUUAGCGCCUUCUUUCUCAACAUCAUCACCAAGUUUACUUCCUAGAGCAGGGGUCUCAAACUCCAGUCCUCAAGGGCCGCUGUCCUGCAACUUUUAGAUGUGCCUCUGCUGCACCACA